ACAUUAAGCGAUCAACUAUAAAUUGAAUGGCAAUAACAAGAAGAUUUCAGAAGACUGAAUCACUGGUCGUUCACUGCAGAAGAGCAAAAGGUACACAGUUGAUCGCCCGUCACUAUGGUUGUUCACGCAAGACUACACGCUGGAAUCUUCUUCACGAUAGCGGCAGUGUCCUUUGUGACCGGUUUUUCACAAAAUCCUUUCUGGUCUGGUUUCCUUUACCGCAGGCAACUUGUUGAAGACCCCAAUUGUUCAACGAUUAAUCACGUAGCUAAUACGUAUAGAAGCGGUAUUAGAGUGUUUCUGAAUGAAGAGGGUAACAAACUCUUUCGAUCGACGAAUACAUUGAUAACUCGGGAAAGAUUGCAUUUGUCCUCUGAAAAUUUGUGCCGGAAUCAAGCCAAUGUGUGGAAUGAAACACUUAGAGCUCUAAAUAUGUGUUCUGCAGAACGUGAAUUUUUCCAAAAUAUGACCGUGUUGAAUGGAUUGUGUUGGACGAAUGGUACAUUCACGCCGUUGCUUAAUGAAUUACUUGAUGGUUUUACGGCUGUUAACUACUACUGGGGAAGUGUAUGUGGUGAAGAGAUUGUACCCGUCUUAAGCUUCUGUUCGAUGAGUAGAAUUCCACCAGCAAGACAAAAGGAAGCAUCUCGAUCAAAAAAUUACAAUGCACUUAAAGAUUUAUUUAAAAGGCUAAUUGAAGAAGAAAUAAGAUGCAUCAAUGACGGAUUUGGCAAUGGUGACGACGUGAGGGCUUGUGGUGACGUGGGGAGUCUCAAGAGAUUUGUCACUAUCAUCAAACUGUUUGACAGGAAUGGAUUCGGCAUGACGUUUUCUCCGUCCAAUUUUGGACUGUGAACUGACCUUUUGAAUUUUCUCCUUCCUUUCAAAAUGUAAUUACAUUCUUUGUUUUUCACUCAAAUUAGCCAACUUGCUUUUUUAUUGUUGUUUUGAAAUUUCGGACCAGUCACCUAUUCAUCGGUCCUUGUUGAAAAUGUUGUGUGGACAAUUUGCUCACAGUAGUGCAAUUUCAUAGCUAUAAGAUGUACUUGUCUAGUGCAAAAAUAAAACUCGCAUAAAGCAUACAACCUAAUUGUAAACACAAUUACCAUUUAUCAGGAAAAAAUGGAAACCGCUUGACAAAGGAAAACCAGUUUGUGUCAUCCGACAUCUUGUAACAUUGAUCCUUGUAUUGGUAUAAUAAACUUCUGCAAAGUGUUAA